CGUCGUAUCGAUCUUUCAUCGCAACUUCCCCGAGUCCGACUUCACUUCACGUGCUUCCGCUUUUUCCUGCCGCUGGAGUCUUGAAGCGUAGAUUUGCAGUAAUUCACUAGCCGUAAACGAAUAAAGUUGAAAUAAACGGCCAUGGACUCGUUACAAUCGGGAAAUUUAUCGGGUAUUCAAAAGGACGAACUAAUGGAGCAGGUCCAACAGCAAAUAGCCGUCGCCAACGCCCAGGAACUGCUCACGAAAAUGACGGAAAAGUGCUUCAAGAAGUGCAUCCAGAAGCCCGGAACGUCACUUGACAGCUCCGAACAGAAAUGCGUAGCGAUGUGUAUGGAUCGAUAUAUGGAUUCUUGGAACUUGGUAUCUAAAGCCUACAGUAGCAGGCUUCAGAGAGAACGCAACAGAUUGUAACAAUUAUAGUUAGUUGAUAUAUCAAUUGAAUAAACAAUUAUUCACAGUACGAUGUCGUAUGUAGUUCAAUAGUGUGUACAUACAUCAACUAUUCAAGGAGGUAGAAAAAUUUACCGGAGACAAACAUGUAAUAGAAGCUAAAUUAGAGCCGAUAGCAAUUUAGCCUCCGCCACGUAUUUGAAUAUUUCUUUUGUCAACUGUUCACCAAUAACAAGACGCAUUAUUACGGCUCAUAAUUAUUCCUGUUGUUGUUAAUUCACCUGGGUACCCAGCAAUUAAUGUAUACCUUAUUGAUAUGUGUAAAUACAUUUUUUAUUUGGACUGUU